UGCAUCGAUCUGUCAAACUCGUCGACAGACAUCAGAGAGGAGCUUUCGUCGGUCGUUCUUCCAUCUUUCCAGCCAGCGGAAUCGCGAACAAAGACUCAUCUCCCGUGUUCGUCCGCCGCCGUGUGUAAAAUCGAAACUCGAGUGCGUCGCCGUCCCCGCCGGGAACCUGCGCCACGGAACGUCGGAAUAUGUAACAGUUUGUGCGAGUCCGGGAUUUUUUCGAGCGUAAUUAUGGGUGUUGUUUAAGGGGGAAGCUGCCCUUGUUUGUGUGUGCGUUUGUGACUAAAGUGGCCACCGGAGAAGAUUUUUUUCGGAGGAGGAAGUAUUUCUCCCUACCGUGUUUGACCCUCCCCUGCUCCGGUUCCGAAGACGACAGAGAAGUUAUAAUUGCUGCAAGUGUGCAAAAAAAAUUAAGAGGGCAGACGAAUUGAAGGAGGAGACACAAACGGAAACGGUUUGUGCAAAAGUGGCAAAUUCCGGAUAGGAAAGGCACCACCGUCGCAAAAUGUCCAGCCGGGUUCGCAAGCAGAACGAACCGAUGAAGGCGUUCGUUCCGGUCAGUUCGCUGCUGGUGCGCGGUUCCGGCUCGCUGCACUGUGCGGCUUCCGGUGGCGCCACCGCCAUCGGUUCCAAGUCCCUGUCGGCGACGCUGUCCCCGCCGCUGCGGCACAUUUCGCCGGAACAUGUCGUCGGGCUGUCCGGGAAUCGGAGCCCCGGAGCGCUCACGUAUAAAGGCAAAGUCCUCAAUGAGGGCUCGAUGCGGCGAACGGCCUCGCUGGACGCGCUCUACUUGCGACCCGUUCCGGCCUGGAGUCUGGUCACCUCGACGUUGCUCCAGCUGGACAAGGCCACCCAGACGGAGGAGUCGUUUCUGGAGCGAACCCGCGGCAGCACGUGGACGCCCACGGCGACGGCUGGUUCGGGCCCGUCGGCAGACUCGUCGCCGGUCAUCACGCGGACGGCCGAGGUGACGACGCCGACGACCGACCUCAAGAUGGAGAAGGUGAUACGACAAAGACUGCAACGCACGCACCGUGGUGAACACUCGGUCAGCUCGCAGACGCUGAGCCCGAAUCACGCUAAAGCCAGCCCAGUUUCCAUACCUCCACGUACCUGCCCACCCGUUCACAUGCGGCCAAUGCGGAACUCGGUAGAGGGGCUGAACCAGGAGAUCGAGAAGCUGGUUCUCUACCCGGGCCAACCCCACACCUGUCGAUCUGAGCUGGAAAUGUACUCCCGUGGCACGCCGGAAGGUCACCGCGCCCCGCUGGCGGACAUUUUCCACGCGGCUGCUGGUGGUGGGAGUGGCUGCGGCGGAGGACCUCCGGGAAUGUCGAGCGACACGCGCUCCGUAAACACGCAGACCCCGCUCGGUGACACGCUGUCGUCGGACGACGGAAGCCAGAGCACGUCGCCGGAGGGUGAAGGUGGAGCGGGCGCGGCAUCGAGUGCAUCUCCUCGGAUUAACAAAUUUCUGGCGCGCGAACCGCCGGAUGGUUGUGAAAAGGUCAACCUGAAGCUGACCGAAGCCACCGACACCAGUACAAGUACGACGCACUUCAAGCCGUGCGUCGCGUUCCAGCUGAGACCGUCGCUGGGGUCCGCAUUCCAGCCGCUGCAGCCGAUUCCGAUGCUGAAAACCACCCCGGAGGACGACGGCGCCUCCGAAGAGGCGGCAUCUGGCGGCGAGUCGGCCAACUAAGGUAACGUUUUCUUCACCCACACACACACUCAUAUGCUCCGGUAGGUACAACCCUACACUCUAACAAUGUCGAUUCGAAAGCAUCUUUUUGUAAGCCAGAAACCUAAACCUAGAUCCCGUCUGUCGAUUGGGAGCAAGUACACAACAGUAGUAAAUGAAACGAAAUUUUCCCCCGAAGGUUAAAAAAAUAACAGAAAACAAAACACUAGACUUUUAAACUAUUUCCAAAAUACUAAACUUAGGCGCUUCGUACACGUGCGAAAAACAAUGGCAGAAUACACAAUCGUGUGUCAAAUAGAUGUUUGUUUUUAUUUUGUCA